GAUCCCCGCCUUGACUUUAAGACAGACCUCGCUGAACGAGGUGGCGCCGGCCAGGCGCGCGGCCAGGGUGCCCGCUCCCGGGGCUGUCUGCAGGGUGGGGCCGCGCUGGCGGCCGCUCCCUCCCGCGCCUUCCCCAUCCCCAAAGAGGAUCCCCCUCCUUCCGCCCGGCCCGCUCCCCACCCUCGCCGCGGCGCCGCCUUCCUCGCCGCCCGCCGGCGCUGGCCCAGAAGCUCGCGCCAGCCAGCGAGCGAGGGGAGCGCUCUGGGAUGGGACUUGGAGGCGGCGGCGAAGGAGGAGACAGCGGCUGCGGCUUGGGCUUCCUCCUCCGCUCCCACGAGCGAGCCCUGAGGAGAGCCGCGGUUCUCGGAGCGGACCGGAGGCCAAAGGAGGACCCGGGGGGCUGCGCCUCCGUCUCGCUGGGCGGCCGCAGCUGCAGCCUUGCCCUUCUUCCUCCCCUUGAAGAUGGAAAAGAUGCUGGUGGGCUGCUUUCUGCUUUUCCUGGGACAGAUCUUCCUCCUGCCUACUGAAGCCAGGGAGCGAAGACCUAUCUCUAGAGGGAGACAUGCUCGGACCCACCCCCAGAUGGCUCUUGUGGAGAGCUCCUGUGAGAAUAAGCGUGCAGACCUGGUCUUCAUCAUUGACAGCUCCCGCAGCGUCAACACCCACGACUAUGCGAAGGUCAAGGAGUUCAUUGUGAACAUCUUACAGUUCUUGGACAUUGGCCCUGAUGUCACCCGAGUGGGUCUGCUGCAAUAUGGCAGCACCAUCAAGAAUGAGUUCUCCCUCAAAACCUUCAAGAGGAAGUCCGAGGUGGAGCGUGCUGUCAAGAGGAUGAGGCAUCUGUCCACAGGCACCAUGACAGGACUGGCCAUCCAGUAUGCCCUGAACAUUGCAUUCUCAGAAGCAGAAGGGGCCCGACCACUGAGGGAGAAUGUGCCUCGGGUCAUAAUGAUCGUGACGGAUGGGAGACCCCAGGACUCGGUCGCCAAGGUGGCUGCAAAGGCGCGGGACACAGGCAUCCUGAUCUUCGCCAUCGGCGUGGGCCAGGUGGACCUCAACACCCUGAAGGCCAUUGGGAGUGAGCCCCAUGAAGACCAUGUCUUCCUGGUGGCCAACUUCAGUCAGAUUGAGUCAUUGACUUCGGUGUUCCAGAACAAGUUGUGCACGGUCCACAUGUGCAGCGUCUCGGCGCAUAACUGUGCCCACUUCUGCAUCAAUACCCCUGGCUCCUACAUCUGCAGGUGCAAACAAGGGUACAUCCUCAACCCCGAUCAGAAGACAUGCAGAAUCCAGGACCUGUGUGCGGUGGAGGACCAUGGCUGCGAGCAACUCUGCGUGAACGUGCUGGGCUCCUUCGUCUGCCAGUGCUACAGCGGCUACACCCUGGCCGAGGACGGGAAAAGCUGUGAGGCUGUGGACUACUGUGCCUUAGAAAACCAUGGGUGUGAGCAUGAGUGUGUAAAUGCUGACAACUCCUACUUCUGCCAGUGUCCUAAAGGAUUUGCUCUUAAUCCCGAUAAGAAGACAUGCACAAAGAUAGACUUCUGUGCCUCACCUAAUCAUGGAUGUCAACACGAGUGUGUUAAUACAGGUGAUUCCUAUUCCUGCCGCUGCUUGAAAGGCUUUACUCUGAAUCCAGAUAAGAAAACCUGCAAAAGGAUCAACUACUGUGCGCUGAACAAGCCAGGCUGUGAGCACGAGUGUGUCAACACAGAGGAGGGUUAUUAUUGCCGCUGUCGCCGGGGCUACACCCUGGACCCUGAUGGCAAGACGUGUAGCCGGGUGGAUCACUGCGCGGAGCAGGAGCACGGCUGUGAGCAGCUGUGCCUCAACACCGAGGAGUCCUUCGUCUGCCAGUGCUCUGAAGGCUUCCUCAUCAACGACGACCUCAAGACCUGCUCCCGGGUGGACUAUUGCUUGCUGAGCGACCAUGGCUGCGAAUACUCCUGCGUCAAUACCGACCGAUCCUUCGCCUGUCAGUGUCCCGAGGGACACGCACUCCGCAGCGAUGGGAAGACCUGUGCCAAAUUGGACUCUUGUGCUUUGGGGAAUCACGGCUGUGAGCAUUCGUGUGUAAGCAAUGAAGACUGUUUUGUUUGCCGAUGCUUUGAGGGGUAUAUACUCCGUGAAGAUGGGAAAACCUGCAGAAGGAAAGAUGUCUGCCAAGCAGUAGACCAUGACUGUGAACACAUAUGUGUGAGCAGCGAUGAGUCGUACAUCUGCAAGUGCUUGGAGGGAUUCCAGCUCGCUGAGGAUGGGAAACAUUGUCGAAGAAAGGAUGUCUGCAAAUCUACCCACCAUGGCUGUGAACACAUUUGUAUUAAUCAUGGCGAUUCCUACACCUGCAAAUGCUCAGCGGGAUUUGUUCUAGCUGAAGACAGAAGACGGUGCAAGAGAUGCACCGAAGGCCCAAUUGAUUUGGUCUUUGUGAUCGAUGGAUCCAAGAGCCUCGGGGAAGAGAAUUUUGAGAUUGUGAAGCAGUUUGUCACUGGAAUUAUAAAUUCCUUAGAAGUUUCCCCCAAAGCCGCUCGAGUGGGACUGCUUCAAUACUCCACACAGGUCCGCACAGAGUUUACCCUGAAAAACUUCAGCUCAGCCAAAGACAUGAAAAAAGCCGUGGCCCACAUGAAGUACAUGGGCAAGGGCUCUAUGACUGGCCUAGCCCUGAAGCACAUGUUCGAGAGAAGUUUUACCCAAGGAGAAGGGGCCAGGCCUCUCUCCGCACGGGUGCCGAGAGUGGCCAUCGUGUUCACAGACGGACGGGCUCAGGAUGACGUCUCCGAAUGGGCCGGGAAAGCCAAAGCCAAUGGUGUAACUAUGUAUGCUGUUGGGGUAGGGAAAGCCAUUGAGGAAGAACUGCAAGAGAUUGCCUCCGAGCCUACGAACAGGCAUCUCUUCUAUGCUGAAGACUUCAGCACAAUGGCCGAGAUAAGCGAAAAGCUGAAGAAAGGCAUAUGUGAAGCUCUGGAAGACUCAGGUGGAAGUCAGGAUUCCCCAGCCAGGGAACUGCCAAAGAGGGUCCAUCAGCCAACAGUGCAACACAGAUAUCUAUUUGAAGACGACAAACUUUCACGGUCCACACAAAAACUUUUCCAUUCAACACAAUCUUCAGGAAGUCCUUUGGAAGAAAAACAUGAUCAAUGCAAAUGUGAAAACCUUAUAAUGUUCCAGAAUCUUGCAAAUGAAGAAGUAAGAAAAUUAACACAGCGCUUAGAAGAAAUGACACAGAGAAUGGAAGCCCUGGAAAAUCGCCUGAGAUACAGAUGAAGAUCAAGACGCUCUACAUGUGCCCACGUCUGGAUACAUGUCACUGUGUCCAGGAUUACAGUGAAAGCAGUUCAGGGCCCCAAAGUUCAAGUUAUUAUUGAUUCUGUAAAGUAAAACAUAACAAGUACUAAGAAAGCUGGUUUGCAAUAGGAAGGGCCAAAGUAAGCAUUAACUUGUACAAAUUUGAGAAAAAAUCCUGAAUCCUAGAAUGUUUACCAAGAGAAUAAGCUAUGCAAGGUAUUGUGACAUACUGUGGACAGGAUUUGCUUUUGUCUCCUGCCUUAGAGUUGUGAUCUUAUUUGACUAUAAAAUGAAAGUUUGCAGUCUUACUUCUCUAGAACUACUGGCCAUGGGAAAGCUAUUUUUUGUAUAUGUAUAUGGAUGUAUGCAUAAAAUCAUAGGAUAGAUGUACUUGUAUAACAAUUUGAAUUUUUAUACAGUAUUAAAAUGCACCAUUUCAGAGAACGGUAUCCUAUAUGAAA